AUGCUUGAAUGAUUAUGAAAUUAAGUAACUGCAAUACUUCCUUUGUUUGUUAUAAGAUAAGAUGACUAAGCAACAGUUGUGAAAGUUAGGUUUUUGAGUUUGAUGUUUGCAACCAACCACAAAGUUUAACAAUAAGGAUGAAGAGAGCAUGUUGCAACCUCAGGCGGAGGUGAUCCAGAUGAAGAUUUCAGUGAAGAAAAGGAAGAGUGCUAGAAGAAGACAACAGUGUAAGCCAAGAGGAAGGACAUCAGGCUUAGUAAGCAAGAGAUACAGAGACUGAUACGCCUAUAACUGAAAGAUUAGAUUAUACAAGGCGUUGAUCAAUUGAUGAAUUUGCAAUUUUUCAAAAAGUAGUAUAAAAGUCUGAGGAGUAAAAGGCCUCCUUAGAUGCUGCCUGCAUUAAGCGUUGAACGACACCUGAUGCCCUAACCAGCAUCUCCAAUAUUGCUGGAUAAAAGCUUAUAGAGCUUUUUAGCUUACGCUGAUUUAAGUUUUAUUUUGUUUUAUUUUGCAUCAACUGCUUUGUAUUGUAAUCAAUAAAAGUAUUUUGUUACGAUUGCCUUCCAUGAGACUUUACUUAUAACUACAAACUGAGCCUCAAUAAAGAACAACCACAAGACUACGUCAUCCCUGAAGGCCUUCAACCUGCGGUGUAGUUUCAGAGCCAUAUAAAGAGCAUCUUCUGUCUGGAUGUCAAGAUAAAAUCUGCUGUGGUGUUGCUGGUGAAGAUUCAGGAUUUACAGGAAUAAUGAGUGCAUCCAAACCCCAGGAAAGCGGUGAGGUGCGAAUCGAACCCUCUCUGAAUAAGAAUGAAGCAGAGUUUAUAGACGGAAGGAGAAAAUCUGUUCUACAAAGCCUGAAGAAGCUUCAGAUAGACUGCAGUCAGAAUGAGGUGCCAAACAUUGCCUUACUGGGUUCUGGAGGAGGACAACGAGCCAUGGUGGGAUUGCUGGGAUCCCUGGUUCAGCUCCAGAAAACAGGUCUUCUGGACUCCAUCCUUUAUCUGAGCGGAGUCUCUGGAUCCACCUGGUGUAUGGCCUCCUUAUAUCAGGAACCAGACUGGUCCACCAAACUAGAGACUGUGAAAGACAAGAUCAUCCAGAGACUCAGCGGUCCUGAAGUCAGCUGGAAAGAAGCAUUUGACAAACUGAAGAAAUAUUACUCCAGGAAAGACUACUUCAGUUUGACUGACUUCUGGGCAGUGAUGGUCAUCACGUCAUAUGUGAAAGAGAUCGACGAACACACACUCACAGAGCAGUGGAGCCAGCAGAGUAAAGAUGGUAAAGUCCCGUUUCCCAUCUACACCGUGAUCGACAAGAACUGCAAACAAUGCAAUAUCGGAGACCCCUGGUUCGAGAUCACUCCUCAUGAAGCAGGUUAUUCUCUCACUGGAGCGUUUGUGGACGCCUCCAACUUUGGCAGCAAGUUUCACAAAGGAUCCAAGAAAUAUCAGCAGGGUGAAUUUGACAUGCUGUACCUGCAAGCUCUAUGCGGAAGCGCUUUAGCUGAUGAAGUGGAGAUUGAGAAACAGCUCUGGCAAAAGAUAGAAGAUUUAUUUAAACCAAAGGAAACAGUAUUUCAGGAAUUGAGGAAGGAAAAGCAUGAGAGGAGACUGGAAGCAUUGGAGAGCAGAACAGGGACGGAAGAAAUCUUUGCGGCGGGAUUCGAACUCAGGAGGGGAGAAGAGCUAUCAGAGUACAGACAAGAAGAUCCAACCACUCCAGCUUCAGACGAGGAGUGUUACCAGAUGCUCAUGGACCUCGUGGACAAGAAUCUUUCUGCUUUGACUGGGGAAGAUCCUUCUGCUCUUGAUGAAUCCUUUAGGACACUGAAAGGUAACAAGCCACUGAUUGACCUCUCUGGAGACCAAAGUCCUAGUGGAGAACUGAUAAUUGCUGAAGGAUUUAAACUAUAUAAUAUAAAGGAUAUAAAGGAUUACACCAUGAAUGUAUGCAACCGUUUGAAAGGUCGGAUUGGUUGGCCAUUGGAUGCUUUGGUGAGAAUUAUUAAAUGCAUUUCUCAGUGGACUUGGGGCAGGAAUUAUAACUUCCUCCACAACGUGACAGGUGAAGCAGUGCCCAACACUCUUCAGGAAACUGAGACGAGAGACUAUGAAGAUGCCGGGCUGUUGCUGAACUCACCCUACUUCUCAGUGCUGAGAAAAGAGAGACACAUCGACCUCAUCAUUUCACUGGACUUCAGUGAGGGUGAUCCUUUCAUGACGGUGAAGGAAGCUGACAAGACGUGCAAGGAACUAAACAUCCCUUUCCCUGAGGUCAACAUUCCCAGUGAGGACUUACAGAACCCGAAGGACUUCUAUGUGUUCAAAGGCCAAAACACUCCAACCGUGAUCCACAUCCCUCUCUUUAAUGUGGUCAACUGUGGAGACAAAAUUGAGACCUGGAGGAAAAAUUAUAAGACCUUUCAAGGUCCUUACAGCGCUGAGGAGAUCAGUGAUCUCAUGGAGGUCGCUGGAAAAAACAUCACAAACAACAGAGGAAAACUGGUGGAGCAGAUCCGUGCGGCCGUUGGGCAAAAAGGAUCCAGACGUUAAUGUUUAAAAUCUGAAUAUAGACUAAACUGAUUUGCAUAUCAGCAGUGUUGGGGGUAACGCAUUACAAGAAACUUGAGUUACGUAAUCAGAUUACUUUUUUCAAGUAACUAGUAAAGUAAUGCAUUACUUUUAAAUUUACAAUUUAAUCUCUGAGUUGCUUUUUCAAAUCAGUAACGCAAGUUACUUUGUUUUCACAUUUAUUGACUGAUGCUUCUCCUGUCGCCAUCGUAAGUGUGUGUAACGUAACAUUACUUUCCUUAAAAAGUAACUAAGUAAUGCAAUGGGGGUAAUGGGGGUAACGCAAUACUUUCUGAAGUAACUUUCUAAAGCACUGCAUAUCAGUCAUUUUACAACAGUUUAAUUUCUUUUUCUGUCAGCUUUUUUUUCUGCAAAAUGACAUUAGAUUAUCAGAGGUUUCCAUUUUAUUUCUGUUUAAUAUGUUUCUGCAUGUUUCAAUGUUUCUUCAUGCAUGCUGAUUAUAAUAAAAUAGAGUUUUGGUCCUGAA